ACAUGGAGGCAGCACCGUCUGAGUUUUUACACUAAAUAUUGUACCGUUCGAUAUUGAAAUAUCUGGAGUCGCAUUUUAUUAGAUGUGAAAUAACUUCUUGAAGAAUAUUUGUGUAAAGUAGUUACUCUUUUCGUAAUUGUUUCAAAAUAUUGUCUAAAUCGUGAAUCGUAUAUAUUUCAACGUAUCCCGUUUUAUUAGUGGAUAUAAAGAUAGGAGACAAAUAUGAGUUAUCACCGUGGAGGAGGUAAUAAGCCAAAAGGCUUUGGGUUUGCUGGCUUUCAAAUGACUGGCACAAAAAGAAGUGGUUCUAACAUACCACCACCUCCGCCAAAUUCUACUCUAAGCAAACAAGGUUAUCACACCAUGAAUUCUAUCACCGAAAAUGCCUUAUCCGCAUGUUGGGGCAUGCCAAAAAAACGUAGCAAAACUGAGGAAGAGUAUUUUGAAGAUGAUGAUGAUCCUCCACCAUUUUCUUUGGAAUAUAUUCCUGCCCCUGGAUCUCCUACUUAUGACUGGACGAAAAAAUCAACUCCAAAAGAAGAGAGUGAUAGCGAAGAAGAUCCAUUGGAUGCAUUUAUGGCUGGGAUAGAUGCAGAAGUUAAAAGAAAUAAUUAUGAGGCUCAGCUUGCAGAAGACGAGCAUAGAGAGGAGAAAUCAAAAGGAUUUAGAGCAGACAUUGAUGGCGAGGACGACGAGGAAAGUUACUAUAGGUAUAUGGAGGAGAAUCCAACUGCUGGUUUGCAACAAGAGGAAUCCGACCAAGAAAUCGAAUAUGAUGAAGAUGGAAAUCCAAUCGCGCCUCCAAGAAAGAAAGAGAUCGAUCCCUUACCACCUAUCGAUCACAGCGAGAUACAAUACGAACCUUUCGAGAAGAAUUUUUAUAAUGUUCACGACGAAAUCGCUAGUUUAAGUAAACAACAGAUUGACGACUUAAGGAAAACUCUGGGGAUAAAAGUGUCUGGUCCGUCUCCACCAAAUCCAGUAACCAGUUUUGGUCAUUUUGGUUUCGACGAUGCAUUAAUAAAAUCUAUUAGGAAAAACGAAUACACUCAACCUACACCUAUCCAAGCUCAAGCAGUUCCAGCUGCAUUGAGUGGCAGAGAUAUAAUUGGUAUAGCAAAAACUGGUAGCGGUAAAACAGCAGCCUUCAUUUGGCCAAUGCUGGUUCACAUAAUGGAUCAGAGAGAAUUGAAGGCAGGCGACGGACCUAUCGGUUUAAUUCUUGCCCCUACAAGAGAAUUGUCGCAACAGAUUUAUCAAGAAGCAAAGAAAUUUGGCAAAGUGUAUAAUAUUCAAGUAUGCUGCUGUUACGGCGGUGGCAGUAAAUGGGAGCAAAGUAAAGCAUUAGAAGGGGGUGCGGAAAUAGUAGUCGCAACGCCUGGUAGAAUGAUAGAUUUAGUUAAAAUGAAGGCAACGAAUUUGACGAGAGUAACAUUUUUAGUGUUGGAUGAAGCUGAUAGAAUGUUCGACAUGGGUUUCGAGCCACAAGUACGUUCAAUAUGUAACCAUGUAAGGCCGGAUAGGCAAACGUUGUUGUUCAGCGCAACUUUCAAAAAGAGGGUAGAAAAGCUUGCCAGGGACGUUCUAACGGACCCAGUUAGGAUAGUUCAAGGCGAUGUUGGUGAAGCGAAUGCCGACGUCACGCAACACGUGAUAGUGUUCAAUAAUAAUCCUAUUGGAAAAUGGACUUGGUUGUUGCAAAAUUUAGUUGAAUUCUUGAGCGCUGGCAGUCUGUUGAUCUUUGUAACCAAAAAGCUCAAUGCAGAAGAACUCGCAAACAAUCUCAAAUUGAAAGAAUUUGACGUUCUACUUCUACACGGUGAUAUGGAUCAAAUUGAACGAAACAAAGUAAUAACGGCUUUUAAAAAAAAAGAAGUCAGUACUUUAGUUGCUACUGACGUUGCAGCUCGAGGUUUGGACAUUCCACAUAUCAGAACUGUCGUAAAUUACGAUGUCGCGCGAGAUAUAGAUACCCAUACACAUAGAAUAGGUAGAACAGGUCGAGCAGGUGAAAAAGGGACAGCGUAUACUCUAGUAAUAGAGAAAGACAAAGAGUUUGCAGGCCACUUAGUCCGAAAUUUGGAGGGCGCAAAUCAAGAAGUACCAAAGAGUCUUAUGGAUUUAGCGAUGCAAAGCGCGUGGUUCCGCAAGUCUAGAUUCAAAGGUGGAAAGGGAAAGAGUUUGAACGUUGGAGGGGCCGGACUCGGAUUCAGAGGAAGACCAGAAACAUCUUCGACUUCGAGUGGUGGUUCCUCGUCGCAAGGAUCUAAGGAUAUAAGCGAAGUUGUUAAGAAGUUAGAAAGACACGGACCAGGCAGCGAUCGGUUAUCGGCUAUGAAAGCUGCUUUCCGCAGUCAGUACAAUUCUCAGUUCCGGGCAUCAUCGGAUCAUACAUGGGAACAAACUAUUACGCGGCCUUCAGUGAUAAUGCCUCCACCGCCACCUGUACCUCCGAAACCAAAUACGGAACAAUCAAAGACUCAGGACAUACAAGCUUCUAAUAUCGGAGGAGAAAAGAAAAGAGUGAGAAAAAGUCGAUGGGAAUAAACGUUCCCAUAAAUCGGAAAGCUACGAUUAUUUUGUGUAUAUUAAUAUAUUAUAUUAUCGCUAAUUGAUGAUAUGUGAAUGCCGAAUUGUUUUUAUAUUAUAAUAAGAUUUAAUUUUACCAAA